AUGUUCGUUUAUCCGUCCGGCCUGACGUACUCAACGACAAGCCUGAACGUGUGUAUGGCGCGGCCGCCUGUUGGGACAACCGGUUGUCAGGCCAAACAGUUCAGUUUAAAACAGAACCAGAGUACAGAAGUCGUUACCAUGUCGCGGGAAAGAGAAAAUACGUGUUUAGAAGAAUUUAUCGCAAUGAGUUGUGUCUAUGGCAAGAGUAGUUUUCGAAAGGAAGCAAAAAAAGUGAAGGAUUCAAUGAGGACGGGAUCAGGGGCCGAUGAAGUUUACCAUCCCAAACGUUGGUAUUAUGAUUUGUUGAAGUUUAUGGAAGACCAAGGAAACUCUCGAAGCCAUAUUUCCGAUGACGAAGAGAGCGAAAAUGAGGAUGAAUCACAGGCCGAAACUUUAAACACAGAUGCAUACAGCCCUCAAACUGAACCUGAAACCCAAGAUUCUACUGAAAAAACUUCAAGUGUGGCUUCAGGUUCGCAGUUUCGCCAUAGACCGACACCAAAAUCUCAAAAACCAGAUGACCAAACACAGUUAACAAAAGAAGUACUAGCAACCGUCAAUAACCACUUCAAACGGCCACGCACAGCGGAUGACCGGUUUGACAUUGUUGGUAAAAACGUUGCUAUGAAGCUCAGAGAUUUAACCAACGAUCAGAGACGCCUUGCAGAGAAAUUUAUUAAUGACGUACUUUUUGAAGCUGAGGGUGGAACAUAAACACCACAUCAUACACUGACUUAUCAGCCACCUUUGUCUAAUCGUUAUCAUUCAUCCAGUACCUAUUCUAGCCGGCCAAACUUUCAACUCUCCGCAACACCAGCACCACCGCAGCAGUUGCUACUACUGAACUCCCCUUCGUCAAAUAAAUAUUAUUCGAAUCAUUCAUCUAGUUCCAAUCCUAGCCGCCCAAGUUCUCAAUCAUCCGCAAUAUCAUCAUCAUCGCAGCAGUUGCUACUCCAGAACUCCGAAGCUUCAAUUGAACACCACUCCCAGAAUAACAUGUUUUUUCCCCAGACAGAAAAUGUUCAAGAAAGGGAACUCUUUUAGCUUAAUUCACUUAUGCUGAUAACAACUGAUAACUGAACUUGAGUUUGUAUUUUUUAUGGGAGAAAUAUAAUGUUUUUGUUCUCUGUAUGUUUAAUAUUCAACAAAGUAUUUUCUU